AUUACAAAUAUGUCACGUGGAUUCAAAUACAGCGAUUGCGGUUGUAACUUUGUAACUUGCUAUCAUGGUAUGGGAGCAUUGCUUGGAAGGAAUCGUCUCUGAGUUCCUCAGGCUCUGAUAGGCUUAAGGAUUUUCUGGUGGUGAUUACAAAUCACAGUUAUCAUGGUUCUUUUUCCAUCUUUUGUGAAUGGAUUGGCAAGAACCGUGUCAAUCAAGAAGGAGAAGAAUUGUAAAAGGGAAGAUGGAAGGCCAGCUGCAGAAGAAUUGGCAAAGGAAGCAAGGAAGAGUGAACUGUUACUGAGUUCAUCUGGAGUUGUUAGGUCGACAAAGGCCAAAAAUUUUGCUUCUAUGUUCACUAAUAGGGGACGGAAAGGAGUGAAUCAGGAUCGUCUUCUUGUUUGGGAGGAAUUUGGAUGCCAACAAGACAUUAUGUUCUGUGGAGUUUUUGAUGGGCAUGGCCCUUGGGGACACUUUGUAGCAAAAAGGGUCAAGAAACUAGUGCCAACAAUUUUGCUGUGCAAUUGGCAAGAAAAUCUGGCUGCAACGUCACUUGACCUGGAUUUUAAGAUGGAAGCAGACAGACAUAUCCAUGGUUUGAACGUGUGGAAGCAGUCCUACAUCAAGACUUAUGCUGCUGUUGAUCAGGAUCUGAAGCAGCAAACCGGGUUCGAUUCAUUUCUUAGUGGCACAACAGCAUUGACAAUUAUCAAACAGGGUGAAUAUCUUAUUACAGCAAACAUAGGUGAUUCUAGGGCUGUCUUGGCAACCACUUCAGAGGAUGGCACAUUAACUCCACAUCAGCUUACCACUGACUUCAAGCCAAAUUUACCACAGGAAGCUGAACGCAUAACACAAUGUAGAGGGCAGGUAUUUAGUUUGGAAGAUGAACCAGGAGUGUACAGGGUGUGGAUGCCAAAUGGUAAACCACCAGGACUAGCAAUAUCUAGAGCUUUAGGAGAUCACUGCAUGAAGGAAUUUGGACUAAUCUCUGUGCCUGAUGUCACACAAACAAAAAUUACAACCAUGGAUCAAUUUGUCAUAUUGGCAACAGAUGGGGUAUGGGAUGUUAUAUCCAAUCAGGAAGCAGUGGAGAUUGUUUCUGCAACACCACAUAAAGAAAAAGCAGCUCAAAAGCUCGUUAAAUGCGCCAUACGUGAAUGGAAGCGGAAGAAAAAUGGCAUUGCUAUGGAUGACAUGUCAGCUAUUUGCCUCUUCUUUCAGUCCUUCCCUUCUCAAAAAACCCCAGCCAUUAAAACUGUUGAUUAA